AGAUUGUGGUGUGAUAAGUUCCGAGCCUUGUGCAUUUGUGGGACCUGUCUCACGAGUGCACGGCGUCUGUCGCGUCUCGAAAUUGGGUUUUGGGGCGUGACAGAUUUAGUGGUAUCAGAGCUUAGGUUAAAUUAGAUAUCUGGAGAUUGAGUGGUAUAAGAGCUUAGGUUGAAAUUAAGAGCUGAAGAUUAAAUUAAGCACCUCCAGAUUGAGUGGCAUUAGAGCAGAUUAAGUGAUAUCCGAGCCUAGGUUUAAUUGAAUACCUAGGAUUUGUUUUGGACUUGGCUAGCCAAUGGAUUUUAGAACCGUGGUGAGAUGAGUGAUGGGUUAUAUAAGGGACGAUUCUGAUUCGUGUUGCCUGAAUCUUCUAAUCCAUCUUGAUGAGAUGGUAAUUUGAUAGUUCUUGUUUCUUGCCUUCAUACUUUGUGUGAAGUGGUGAAAGUGAUCUUGCCCGUUAUGUCCUGAAGACCUUGUUUUGAAACUUGGUCAUUUUCUGAUAGUCCGCACUUGUUUAGGCUUGUUACGUGAAUAGAAUUUUUGUGUGCUCUUUUGCCACAAUUGUGAAAUCUGGGGAGUGUAGAGAUCUUUUGUUAUUGACUCUGUUUGUCUCUACAGCAUAGCUGGUUGAGAAAUUUGUUCUGUUUGUCACAUGACCAGUGGAGGAUGGAAAUAGAUAAUGAUUAUUGAAAUCCUCAUUAUCUUGAUACUUGUCUGAAAUUAAUCCUCGCACUGUUCUUGGAAUUUAUUUUGAAUUGUCCUUGAAAACCAUUCUUGUCUUGACUCUUGCUUUUGCUCGAAUUUUGUAUACUGCUCUUGCUCAAAUUUUGUAUGCUGCUCUUGUGCAAAUCCUGUAUAUUCUGCCAGUUCUUGUUUCAGUAUACUUGUUGAUCUUCUUGAUUUUGAUUUUGUUCAUAUGGACACCUCUUAGGAGGGGUGACGAAACACCUAUACGAGGCAUCCUCAUUCUUGUCUCUUGCAAGUGUUAAUCUCUGUAUCCUUGAUGUCUUAGUUUUGACUUGACUCUAGGAUGACUUGAUUGUAAAUCUGCUUAGUCUCCAUGAGCUACGAGGUAAAGGGGUAGUCCUUGAAAUACUUGAUGCCCUAGAGUUUUGUUCCAAGUGAAAUGGUUCUUUGAUCUGGCUGUUUUGAUUUUUGUUUGCCCUUUUAACUGGAAGACAUGAAUCUUCUAAGCAUCUUGAUCUCAGCCAUUGUUUUGUUCUGUUAAUUAAUUCUAGUACUUGAGAAUUUAUAAGGCAUUCAUGCACUUGUUCAUUCAUUCAUGGUCCAUAUAUCCAUUGGAUGCUUAUCCGUCUUUGAUAGAGUUCAAAGUUGUUGUAUUCGUCUGUAAAUCCAUGCCAUUCUUUGUCAAUUCGUCUUGUGAUGGGUUCGUAGCGUAACCCCACAAUUGUUCUUUUGUGGCUUUGGCAGGAUUUAUUUUUAUUCGUUGUGCUUCCCAUGUCACCCCAGCCUCUAGUAGCUCAUUUCAUGGUAAAUCCUGUUAAGUAAUUAGUGUUCUGCUUUUAAGAUUAGUUGUGAUUUGUUAUCAGAGUGGCGCAGCGGAAGCAUAGUAAGCCAUGUCUGUUCAUA